ACUUCUGCAAGCAUGCUUAAUUCAAUUUGAAACCAAUAUAUUAUUUGAGAAUUGAGAUCUAUUGCGGCUUUCAGAUUUCGUUUGUUUCAACUUUAAUAAAUAUAAACAAUUGUUGAAAGAAAUUGAUUUAUGUGUUCGUGCGUUUAAAGAUUCCUUUAGAGCAAGAUGGCUCUAUUUAGAGUUAUUUUAACAAGCGCAUUUAUUGUGCUUGUUGCAACAACGUGUGCUCAUGCUGAGGCCGAAAAUGCAGACGAUGGAGUUACUGUUGAGGUAGAAGAAGAUGGAUAUCAGACACCAGAAAUUGACCCAAAGAAAGUGUAUCUAGCUGAGCACUUUGACAAUGAAGCAGCCUUCAAGAAGAGAUGGGUGAAAUCUGAGGCUAAGAAACAGGGUGUUGACGAGAAUAUAGCUAAAUAUGACGGGCAGUGGGAGAUUCAAGCCCCAUCCCGCCGACUUCUCAAGGAUGAUUUAGGUCUAGUUUUGACAACUGAAGCCAAGCAUGCGGCCAUCGCUACGCUCUUGGACAGACCGUUUGAGUUCAAAGACAAACCAUUUGUUGUGCAGUAUGAAGUCACUAUGCAGGAAGGCCAGAACUGCGGCGGUGCGUACAUCAAGCUCCUCUCCCAGGGGGUGAACACCAAGAACGAUCUCAAACAGUUCCACGACCAGACCCCAUACACUAUCAUGUUUGGCCCCGACAAGUGUGGAAACGAUAAUAAGCUGCACUUCAUCUUCAGACACAAGAACCCCAAGAAUGGUACCAUCGAAGAGAAACAUGCGAAAAAACCCACUCAGCGUCUAGACGACAUAUACAAAGACAAAGAGCCCCAUCUAUACACACUAGUCAUCCGUCCGGACAACACAUUCACUAUCUACGUAGAUAACAAAGAAGCAAACGCUGGUUCUCUUUUGGAAGACUUUACCCCACCCGUGAACCCUCCAGAGGAAAUUGAUGACCCUAAUGACAAGAAGCCGGAGGACUGGGAUGAGAGGGAAAAGAUUGUAGACCCAACAGCCACAAAGCCAGAGGACUGGGACGAGGAAGCACCAGCUCAAAUCGUGGACCCCAAUGCUAUCAAACCUGAAGGUUGGCUCGAUGAUGAGCCGGAAAUGAUUCCUGACCCGGACGCGGUGAAGCCAUCCGACUGGGAGGACGAAAUGGACGGUGAAUGGGAAGCGCCUCUCGUUGACAACCCCAAGUGUUCCGCUGCACCUGGCUGUGGGGCUUGGAGCCCGCCACUUGUGCCUAAUCCUAAUUAUAAGGGUGUAUGGCGCGCCCCGCUGGUCCCCAACCCGCAGUACCGCGGCAAGUGGGCCCCGCGCCGCAUCCCCAACCCGCACUACUUUAACGACGAGACACCCUACAGGAUGACUACUAUUACGGCCGUCGGAUUCGAACUCUGGUCCAUGUCUCCACAACUGUUAUUUGACAAUCUGAUCAUCACGGAUGACGAAGCCGUUGCGGCGGAAUGGGCCAAACAAACAUACGCACUGAAGAGAGACAGGAUUACUACUCAAUCGAAAACGCUCUGGGGUCGUAUCCUAGCAGCCACCAAGUACAAACCGGGCUACUGGGCCAUGUACGCGAUAUACUGCGCAGUUCCCAUCACUCUGUACGUCGUGUACUUGCUGGGGAGGUCUAGAGAGCAAGACACAGACGCGGAAAUAAAGAAGACCGACGCGCUAGUCGAGGAUGAUCCUCACGGGGAUGGGGAGAGGGACGGGGAUGGGGAUGGGGACGGGGAGGGGGAGGGGAAGUCGGACGGGGAGGAGGAGGAGCCCAGGGAGAGGGGGGGGAAGGCGGAUCUCGAGGGACCUGUGGAGGAGGUCGCUGAGGCGGCUGGCGGCGGUGACGGUCACAGGAAGAGGAAACCACGUAAGGAGUAAAUCAAUGGACUGCUGUCGUUUGUUGAUCAACAGUUUAUGUCGGAAAUAUCAUCAAAUAUAAUCAUAAAAAAUAAAAAAAUAAACAUUUAAAUUUAUGUCUUGAUGGUGUUGCAAUGAAAAGUUAGGUAGGUAUUUUAUACUCACAGAAAAUCUUAAUAUACGAUUUAAAGAUUUUCCCUUUCAAUCAAACUAAAUAGGAAUUUUCUAUGAUAAUAUAAAAUACUUCAAUAAAAAAACAUAUUUUUGAUGUCUUCUAUCAACAAACGAUGCGUAUUAAUGUUUAGGUAGCAAACGUGUGAACCAAAAUGGCGAAUUAAAUAUAAUCAUGCCGUCUCUCUCUAGCGCGGUAAUAUCCACACGUUAGAGCGAGAUGGCACGAUAUUAGUUUUAAAUUUUAGUUCAAACUCAAUUUAAUUUUUUCCUUUUCAAGGGAGCGGUUACUUUGCUUAGGUGUUUAAGCUGUUUGGUAGACUGUAUUUAGUGAUAUAUAUUAUUUAUAUAUACUUGCAAUAUUAUAAUUAUAUUAAUAAAUAGAUUUUUGUGGAUUUUCGAUGUAGAUUUUUUUUAACAAAUAAAAAAAACAUUCUAAUACCAAAUGUCUUAAAUAUUACAUAACUAUUCCACUGCAUGAAGUAUUUAAAAUAUUCCAAUAAAAUGCAUAAUAUAUAUUAAUUAUUUUUAUGUCUACCAAAGAAACACUAAAGUCCCUUUGAUACUUGAACAAGGUAGGCGAUAUAUAGAGGUGGUUAAAAAUAAUAACAAAAAUAACUAUUUAUUUUAGUAUUUAAAUUAGUAUUUCAUCUAUAUGAAAAACUAAUUUAACCACUAGUCGAAUCUUUUUACGUUAUAACAGAUCGGUAAAACGAAGUCUAAACGAGGUUUAUUUAAACGACAUAUGUCUAAACUGUGGUUUAAUUUUCACUCAACAUCCCCCACCUCUAUUAUUGGAUCAUAAUAAUUCCAGGGUUGUAAAAUAAUUAUCGAUUCCAAAUUCUAGUAUUUUUCUUUUAAGUUCUCGAAAUAAUACAUCUCCAAAACUCAAGACCAUUUAAAAUACUACAUCUACAUAAUUAAUUAUAUUUUUUUCGACUUCUCCGUUCGAGAUAAGUAUUCAUUGAUAUUUUAUAUGUGUGUUCAAGUAGAGUUAACUUUUAAAUGUUGCUAGUAAAAAAUAUGUUCAAAACUAUAGUUUGGGCAGUUGCUGAUUUCUCAUUUAAUCUUUUUACGCGAUUUGCGUCAGUCGCUCGCCGACCGUUGUGGAGAUAACAUGUCUUAAAAACAAGAGUAAUUGUUUAAACUACAGUUUUAACAUAAUAUUUUCUCCAUACCGUCUUGAAAUACUUUAGCUUAAUAUAUAUAAAUUAUUCUUGUUAAUUUAUUUUCUUCAUAGCAUUUAUUGCUUUUAAGUACAGCAUGUACGUCAGUAUAUUAAAUAAUAUAGGUAAUAUCAUAAGUGAAUGUAUAUUUACUACGUCUAAAGCUGAGGUAAGCGAGAAAAGCGGUUGUAUGUGAAGUAUUUCUUUGAAUUUAACUAAAUAUUGUCUAUGUUUUGUUAUUCAAUGCAUUUCCCAAAGAAAGAGGAUUGUUCAAAUUCGUGCAAAGAUGCCUCUUUUCAUUCUUACUCUAAAUUCGUUUAACUUUCGAAUAAUAUUGAUUGAUUUCUUUAUUCUUAAUGCUAUUUCCUUUUUAUUUUCGUGGCAAACUAUGUACGAAUUUGUACAGCCUGGUGUUUAUAUGAUAAUUGUAAUAAAUUUGAUAAAAUAUGAUUUUGUUUUCAUUAUUAUAUGUAUAAGGAGUAUUCUAUAGCCAAGAAACAAAACACGAAAUAUUUGUAUUCAGCUAUGUAUGUACUGUGUGAUAGGUACGAGUUAAUGGACUGUAAUUUACAUGAAUAAAUAAAUUAUUUAUAA